AUGGAAGAAUGGAAGACCGCAUGCACCAAACGCCGUCCACUGCAUAUGCGCGUUCAAUGGCAAGUCGUGACUCUAUACUGCCCCUACCCCACCCCAUAUCGGAACCCGGCGGCAGAUUGGAUACACAGCUAUGCUUCGAUCUAUCCGUUGAGAGCCGACAUUGCCUUUGGGUAUCUUCUCAACACGGGCUUCCAUGCUCCAGUCCAUAAGCAAAUGUCUCAGGACCUCUUCGCCGCCUUCGGGGAGGCUCUAACUAUAUCAGAACCAGCAACAUCGAAUGGCGCUGAUCAAAACUCUGGAGCUACCGGGUCUGAGCUUCUCCAUGCUCAAUUCAGAGCCGUGCCCAAUUCAAGCUCCCAGCCAACUGAAACGUUGUCGACUAUCGAAGCCGACGAAGAUGACUUUGGAGAUUUCGAAGAUGCUUCUCUCGCUGUACCCACAGAGUCGGACACUGCCCCGAAAGCGGAAUCUGCAAGGCUGGAAAGCGUGACUAUACCUCCUCGUAUGCCUCCCACGAAAGGCUCAUCGAGUCCUUUCCCUCCCAAGGCACAGAAGCGGGAAGAGGUUUCGAAGGCAAAUGCAGGUCCUCAAGUAGGCAGACAUCCCUUUGCAGAUCACAUGGACUUUCUAUUCUCCGGUGGGGACGACGAAUACGACGCUGGUGACGAUGAUUUGGAAGAUCUGAGCAAGAACCCCGAAGCCGCCAUGGCGUAUUCGAAACGUAUGAUCGCCGAGCAGCAAGUACAGACGGGAAAUGUCAAACGGCUCCCUUUUGCGCCCAAGAGCCGGACUAUAGCUCCCGUUCAUGCUCCAGCUGCACCGAAUCCCUCGCCAGCCAGGAACAAGCUACAGAAGAAAUCAGGAUACGUGCCGACCAAGGACCCGAAUGUGCUAUUCGAUGUUGAGAAUAUCUCUGAGCAUGAGAGCGAUAACGAUGCUGAUUUUGGCGACUUUGAAGACGCGCCCCAUGCAAAAACCGAAGUGACACCAUCACCAAAACCUUCACCCGCCAAACUGCAGAAAAAAUCAGGUCCGCCGACCGCCAAAACUCAGAAAGCCACAUCAAAACCCUCGAUGCCUGCAAUCGAUCUGCUUGGGCUAUCCGAUCCAGUGCUAUCGCCAACUGUGAAUUUCCAGCAGCGGCAUAUAACACAGAACAGUAUCAUGAGCCCUCGCUCCGAACGAGUAGAGUCCAUUCUCGGAGCAUCGAAAGCAGACUCGAUGACCAGACCGCCCACAGCAGGGAGUCUCUGGUCAGCAGAUGAUGAAGCUUGGGAUGAUUUUGAUACUCAAGAAGAUGAAUCAGGACCUGUAGCGCACCACAGCCAUAGCCGGACAGCAUCAUCUUCCAUAUUACCAUCAAACCUCACACCUACAACUGGUCGGAGCAGAUCUGGAACACAGGACGCUCUACCACCCACCAAUGUCCCGCCUCCUGCGAUCUUACUUUCCAUCUUUCCCUCGACCUUUGCUGCCGCCCAAGACGCCCUCCUUGGAAAUCUUUCAAGACUGGACACAUCUCAGCGACAGCAACUACUCGGCCACCCAGCAACCCAUCAGUUCCUCAAAGGAUAUCUCCAAAAUAGUAUUGUACUGGCCCAUAUUGUUGCAGGUCGCAAGUUGCGUUGGAAGCGGGAUCAAAUCCUAUCUCAGUCCAUGCGCAUUGGACCUGCUGCAGCGGGAGGCAAGGGUGGUAUGAAGCUCAACAGCAUCGACAAAUCUGAACAGACCAAGGAGGAUCGUGAAGUGACCGAUGUAGUGGGACAAUGGAAAGCGCAACUGGGCAAGCUCAGAACUGCCGUCACUGGUGCUAGUGCAAGUGCAAGCAGCACUUCAAAGCUGCCUGCUGUGCCAGAUAUUUCCGAAACUAUGGCCGUGAAGACAUUGAAAGCCUUGGAAGGUGGCUUCACAGCGCCACAUGCGUGUGCCCUAUGCGGACUGAAGCGGGACGAACGUGUGUUCAAAGUCGACGUCGAUGUUGACGACAGCUUUGGAGAAUGGUGGAUUAAUGGAAUGGAUAUGCAUGUCAGCUGUAAGAAAUGGUGGGAUGAGAAUAAGGAUAAGCUGAAAUCUAGAUGA